CCGGGGCCGCUCAGACCUGCAGCGGAGCCGCGGCGCCCGCUCCGAUCGGCUCAGGGCUGCGCCCCCGGGACCCGGCGACGGGGGCGGGCGGGGACGCUCCCCGCCGCCCUGGGCCCCUCGGCACUGCCAGGUGUGGAUCCAUGGGGUAGCCCCAACGCAUCUGCCCUUCUGCCCCAGCCAGCUCAUGCCUCAGUACCUGGGGACAGUGAACAGAGCCCUGGCUGGAGCCCAAACAUGUGGGGCCUGGUGAGGCUCCUGCUGGCCUGGCUGGGUGGCUGGGGCUGCAUGGGGCGCCUGGCAGCCCCCGCCCGGGCCUGGGCAGGGUCCCGGGGGCGCCCAGGACCAGUGCUGCUGCGGAACCGAAGGAGCUGGGUGUGGAACCAGUUCUUUGUCAUUGAGGAAUAUGCAGGUCCAGAGCCCGUCCUUAUUGGUAAGCUGCACUCGGAUGUGGACAGGGGCGAGGGCCGCACCAAGUACCUGCUGACCGGGGAGGGGGCAGGCACUGUAUUUGUGAUUGAUGAGGCCACAGGCAAUAUCCAUGUCACCAAGAGCCUGGACCGGGAGGAGAAGGCACAAUACGUGCUGCUUGCCCAAGCCGUGGACCGAGCCUCAAACCGGCCUCUGGAGCCCCCGUCAGAGUUUAUCAUCAAGGUGCAAGACAUUAAUGACAACCCACCCAUCUUUCCCCUCGGGCCCUACCACGCCACAGUGCCCGAGAUGUCCAAUGUCGGGACGUCAGUGAUCCAGGUGACUGCUCACGAUGCCGAUGACCCCAGCUACGGAAAUAGUGCCAAGCUGGUGUACACCGUGUUGGACGGACUGCCUUUCUUCUCUGUGGACCCCCAGACGGGAGUGGUGCGUACUGCCAUCCCCAACAUGGACCGGGAGACGCAGGAGGAGUUCUUGGUGGUGAUUCAGGCCAAGGACAUGGGUGGCCACAUGGGGGGGCUGUCGGGCAGCACUACGGUGACGGUCACCCUCAGCGAUGUCAACGACAACCCCCCCAAGUUCCCUCAGAGCCUAUACCAGUUCUCUGUGGUGGAGACGGCUGGGCCGGGCACCCUGGUGGGCCGGCUGCGAGCCCAGGACCCGGAUCUGGGGGACAACGCCCUCAUGGCGUACAGCAUCCUGGACGGAGAGGGGUCCGAAGCCUUCAGCAUCAGCACAGACUCCCAGGGUCGAGACGGGCUCCUCACGGUCCGCAAGCCCCUAGACUUCGAGACCCGACGCUCCUAUUCCUUCCGCGUGGAGGCCACCAACACCCUCAUCGACCCAGCCUACCUGCGGCGAGGGCCCUUCAAGGACGUGGCCUCCGUGCGCGUGGCUGUGCAGGACGCCCCAGAGCCACCUGCCUUCACCCAGGCUGCCUAUCACCUGGCAGUGGCUGAGAACAAAGCUCCCGGGACGCUGGUGGGCCAGGUCUCAGCGGCAGACCUGGAUUCCCCAGCCAGCCCAAUCAGAUACUCCAUCCUCCCCCACUCGGAUCCAGAGCGCUGCUUCUCCAUCGAGCCCGAAGAUGGCACCAUCCGCACGGUGGUGCCCCUGGACCGCGAGGCUCGCAUCUGGCACAACCUCACAGUGUUGGCCACGGAGCUUGACAGCUCCGCACAGGCCUCCCGUGUGCAAGUGGCCAUCCAAAUCCUGGACGAGAAUGACAACGCUCCCCAGCUGGCUGAGCCCUACGACACCUUCGUGUGUGAGUCUGCAGCCCCCGGCCAGCUGAUUCAGGUCAUCCGGGCCCUGGAUAGAGACGAGGUGGGCAACAGUAGCCGUGUCUCCCUUCAAGGUCCUCUGGGCCCCGAUGCCAACUUCACUGUCCGAGACAACCGAGAUGGCUCCGCCAGCCUGUUGCUGCCCUCUCGCCCUGCUCCGCCCCGCCAGGCCCCCUAUCUGGUUCCCAUAGCACUGUGGGACUGGGGGCAGCCAGCCCUGAGCAGCACUGCCACUGUGACAGUCAGCGUGUGUCGCUGCCGGCCCGAUGGCUCCGUGGCUUCCUGCCGGCCCGAGGCUCAGCUCUCACCCGCUGGGCUCAGCACUGGGGCCCUGCUUGCCAUCGUCACCUGUGUGGGCACCCUGCUUGGUGAGUAG